AUGGUUCGUGUACAACAGUGCGUCCUGGUGUUCAGCGCCUUGCUCGCGCUUUCAUCCGCUCUCGUUGCGCCUGAUCGUCGCAUUGUCGGUGGAAUCGCGACCGUUGCCGGAGAUGCCCCGUGGAUGGUGUCGUUGCGCAACUCCCUCAAUGGGCACCUUUGCGGUGGCACGUUGUUGAGCAACCGGAUGGUUCUGACGUCUGCAAGCUGCUUGUCAGGACGGUUGGCCACGGCUACGAUGGCAGUUGCUGGAUCACGGUUCCUGAACACCGCCGCCAUCCCGUACUGGGGUUUGCAGAUCAUCACGCACCCGAACUUCAACGUUAACACGCUGGAGAACAAUGUUGCUUUGUUCCAGACGGCGCUACCACUCAUUCUGACGCAGUCCAUUCAGCCUCUAGCGCUUUCUGCGGACGUGAUCGGUGCGGCUGAGCGCGCGCGUAUCUUCGGUUGGGGAGCUUCUGAGGCUGGUGGUAGCAACACCAAUGCGCUGCAGUUCCUAAACGUGAACACGCUGAGCAACGAUGAUUGUGCGAACUUCCUGGGAUCUGAAGGUUGGCGCAUUGGAGCUUCCUCACUGUGCACGCUGACACGCGAAGGCCAGGGCAUUUGUGACGGUGACGAGGGUGGUGCACUGGUGUUGGACAACUAUGCCAUCGGCGUGGCCUCAUGGGGCAUUCCGUGUGCGACCGGCCGGCCGGAUGUGUUUACGCGUAUCUCGUCCGUGCGUAGCUGGAUUCUUGGGUUCAUUUAA